AUGAACCUUGAUGAAAUAAUUAACUAUGAUACUGCAAUUCUGACUCUUUCGAGGGUAGGUGAUACUGUCCGUCCCUUCAAAAUCAGCGAUAAAGGCGAGAUAUAUUACAGACUUCAGGAAGUACAGCUUGAAAUAUAUUUAAGUCAACCAAAUGAGGAUGAAAUUAAUCAAUUCUUAAAUAAAUUUAAGUUGCAAGACGACUGUUAUACUAUAUAUGAUAAACCAACACUAUUGAAAAUAUUAUUAAGGUUACACCACUUUGAAUUGCUAACAAAGAUACCUCAUAGUGGUACAAAACAACUGUUUAGAAUAAUUACCGAUUUCAUUAAUUGGUUUCGGAUUAUAUUUAAUAGUGAUUUGGAAACUUUUUUCGGAAACUAUAUGAUGUUCUCUCUUUAUUUAAGUUUUGAUAAUCCUAAAUUGAAUGCUACCACAAAUACAAGGAGUGUCACUAAGAGCAAUGCAAAAUCAAAUGCAGCCAAAGAGAUCCGCCACCACACAUUGAAGAAUAGGAUUGGGUUGUUAUACCCAUCUUCAAGCCUUCAAAAAUUCGAGGUUAAAAAUAUUGAGUUACCAAGAUACCAGUUUCAAAACAUGUCUGCAUUAGGAUUCUCAAAUUAUACAUUUGAUCUCAAAAGUAGGAUAGAAAAGGACAUUGAAACAAUUGUUCAAAAGAAUCUCUUAGAGAUUCCAGUUGACACUUGUGAGUCCUUAGGCAUCAGAGACUUCACUCUCGAAGGUGGUAAAGGGUUAUCUAAACAAAUAAAUGGUAAAAACUUCACCGUCGAGCCAGAUCUUGAAAUUGUAACACCUCUGACGAGAAUGCCUGUCGAAAUUAAAAUCAGAAACUUAAAGAAAUACAUCGAUAAUUUCUACAGCCUGAAACUAACUGCCAUUGAAAGUGUUCCAUUUUUGGAAAUCAUUUCUCAAGUUUAUCGUGAAAUGAUAGCAACAUCCAGUACUUAUGCUUUGCUUAGUGAUUAUGUCUCCACGUUCAUCAUUCAGUUAAAUGAUACCAAUGUAGGAGACUUUGAAGGAGUUAAUUUUUGUAGAUUAUUAAGAUCAGUUGAUUGCCUGAUCUAUGAAUUGGAUCUCGACAGCGAAUACUCAGUAUCUACUCAAAUUUUCAAUUUUCUCGUUGAAUCCCAAAAAGAAUAUGAUCAAAUGAAACCUUUUAUUACUGAGUUUCAAAAUAAUUGCUGGUUGCCUAAAUCUAUUAGGGAUUCCUUGACAAAAAUGUUUCAUUUAAGGAUCCAUAAGUGGCAUGAACAACUACUCGAGCAAUUUGUACCACCUCCAACUAUGGCUUCAGAUGAAGAAGUAAACUACCCAACAAUUAACACAAUUGCAUCAUCAUCUUUCUCUGCCUAUGAAGAAUCAACUGAUAACAUAAAUUUUAAUGAACAACUUAUUCUCAGUACUAACCGUAUGCAAGAGAAUGAAAAAUUCUGUUACUACUCAAUGGAAGAUAUCAUGAAUUCCUAUGAUUUUAUAAAAAUCCUUACGGGUGAUGAAAUUAAUACUCGUAUGAGUACAACCAUCGUUAUUGUUGAUAAAAAGGAUAAUUCUAAAUCUUUAUUAAAAAUAUACGAUCCUCUAUUCUCGUCGAUUUACGUUAGUAAAGAGGCGGUAAUAGAAGGGUCUUAUAAGAGAACCUUCAAAGUAUUUGAACGGGAAGUGAAUUGUUUAGAGAUAGUUCAACCAGAAAAGAUCUCUCCCUCAAUAAAGCAAUUUGGAUUUUUAAGAAACGAAGGAAUUGAAAAGUAUACUGAGAAACUUGAUAUUUCCAAAGGAAUUCCACUAGCUGGCUUUUUUAUAACCAUGUCUCUAAUCGGAAAAAGCUUAGAAGAGUUAAUCAAUGAGUUAAGUGAUGAUCAACUUAAAACAUUAUAUGGCAAGGCACAAGUUAAACUAACCACACUUCACAGGUGCGGGUUAGUGCAUAACGAUAUCCAUGCCGGUAAUAUUUUAAUUACACCUGAAAUGGAUGUCUUCUUUAUUGAUUAUGCUAUUCUGGACCUAAAUGAUUUUAGAUGGCCAGCAAAUAAUGAGUCUGAUCGAACAAAACGAGAUGAAGGUGAUUUAAAGAAGUCCUUUCUGAGAAAUACAGAUUAUACUAAGCAGAAUCAAAAAAAAUCUCCAUUAAAGGGAAUGGAUUAUACCUAG